UACAAGACAAGACACCGCCGACUUAUAGCUUCUUGCCGGAGAGACCGACCUUCUUUAUAUAUUUAUAUAUAAAUGGCUUGUCGUCUUCUAAACAAGUUCUUCUUCUUCUUCGUUGUCACCGGUUUAGGGUUCUCGCUGCUCUAGCAUUCUUCUACACAGUUUCUCCUUGUUUGCUAUAGCAUACAACACCUUACCUUAGCCAUUCAUCUCAAUAAAAAAAUUCAAAAAGUCACCAAAGAUGAAGACUAGUCAGCCUGUUUUUUUCCAUGCUGUUGAUGUGUUGCUAUCUUCAGGACUGCUAGAGAUUUAGACGUGUUCCUUGAGUUUCUGUUCAAGGUCUUAGGUUUAGCUUUGCUGCUAGAUAGAAAUGGAGUCCAACGUCGUCAAGGUAUUGGAUAGUAGUUUUAAAGAUGAACCUGAAAAAAAGAGAAAGCAUUCCACCUACUAUGAAUCUGGAAGGUCAUUUGCAAAGAUGCAAUGUGUGCUCUCGCCGAACUGUUCAAAGCUUGAUCAAAGGAGAAAACUUGAUGGUGGAAACAAAGUUGAUGCUACUGAGAAUCACUCUGGCAAGUCUUUGGUCAGAUACUACUCUUACUUCAAGAAGACAGGAGUGCCAAAGCGUGUAAUGUUCUAUGAAAACGGCGAAUGGACUGACUUGCCUGACCACAUUAUCUGCCCUAUCAGGAACGAUCUUGAAGCAAAGAGAGCUGCAAUUGAGAUAAACAUGUCCGGCCGCUGUUUUCUUCUGGAUUUCUUACACAUGCAUCGACUAGACUUGGAAACAGGUGUAAGAACCCACCUUGCAUGGAUUGACAUUACUGGGAAAUGCUUUUUCCCCGAAGUUUACGAAUGGGACUGUGAGGAGAAUCAGGAGCAACAUGAUGAAUGUGAGAUCAAGCUGCACCUUGAAGUUGAUGUCAAAGGUGUUGUUCAGCCAUCUUCAAAUGGGGAAUAUGAAUAUGAAGAGUCGUCAGAGGAUAGCUGCAGCCGUGGGAGUAAUAUGUUCUCUAGUGUCAAGCCUGCUGAUGAAGAAGUUGAUAUAGAAGCUGUCAAAGAAAAGUUUGUUUUAAGUAUGGCCACUCUAGGAGGACAUGUAGAGUUGCUUGAUGCGUAUCGUUUUUCAGUUGACAUCGCACAAGGUCGUCAAUCUCUCUUUCAGAAACAAGCUGAGAUCACUAAGUUACUCCGAGGAGAUGCUAACAUUAGAUACGCAUGGGUUCCUGUUAAGAAGAAACUGUUACCUGCAGUCAUGAAGCAUGGACUUGGUGUUGGUGGAGAGUUCAUUAAGAAGUCUAAGUAUGGUGUUGGGGUUCACUUAUCUGCUGAAAACUGCCCUUACUUCAGUGCAACACAUUGUGAUAUUGCUGAAAACGGUGUGCGUCACAUGGUUUUGUGCCGUGUGAUAAUGGGCAACAUGGAGCCUCUUGGAAACGGUGAUAGAGCGCAGUUCUUUACUGGUGGAGAAAAGUAUGAUAAUGGAGUUGAUAAUGUCUUGAGUCCGAAGCAUUAUCUUGUCUGGAACAUGAAUGUGAACACUCAUGUUUAUCCAGAAUUAGUAGUUAGCUUCAAGCUGUUGUCUAUCCCCAAUGCUGAAGGGAAAUUACUUUCUGUUGCUCAGAGUAAGCAUGAUGAGAGUUCAGGGCUCACCUUGGAAGGAGCCAAAGGUUCUCUCUCGAAUGGGACAGGAAGGGCAAGAAAUGGAAACAGUAAUGUCAGUUCUGCUUUGAUGCCUUACCCUCUGCUCUUCAAAGCAAUCUCAAGAAAAAUUGCUCAGAAAGACAUGGAGAUGAUCACUGCUGAUUACCAACAUCUUAGGGAGAAGAAGAUUUCGAGAGAGGAAUUCUCGAAGAAGCUGAGGGUGAUUGUUGGAGAUGAUGAUCUGCUGAGAACAACCAUAACAGCUAUUCAACGCUUGCCACCCUCUGCCAUGAAAUUGAAACCAACCACAGGUGGAUACUGA